UUGUUGGAAAAUUAAAAAUAAUAUAAAUAAAUAAUUGAAAAUUACAUUGUUUACUAAAUAAGUGGUGUUUAGUAUGAAUAAAAGUAUCGAGAGUUUAAUACAACACGAUAGCGGCAACAUGUCUUCAGAACGUCAAUCAUCUGAGGAUGUACAAGAAUCCACCGCCACCGCUGAUGAUGCGGCCAUAGAAGGUGAUGGUGACUUUACGGAUGAUAAUAAUUUUGAGUCGAAUUUAAGGAGGCGCAAGGGAAAAAUUAUAUCGUGUGCUAAGGAAACUAUUGAAAAUGCUUCCCGACAAUUAAGACGUAAAGUACCAUAUGCUGGCCACUUGAUGACACCCCGGAGAUUGUGGCUCAACAAGAUACCCACACAAUGUGAUGUAGUCAUAGAAUUUCCCGAAGAUGCACCAGAUGAGGCAUUAAGAUGGUUACUGGCACGCAUACGCUCACAGGCACCCGCCGGUCUGGGACUGGUGGUGCAGGUUAAGGCCCAUGAAAGUUCAAGGCGAAAUGCAUUUUAUAUAAGUGCUCCCACAAAUAUUUUGUUUCGAGCUGCGGAAGAGGCUCGUUUGCCAAAACGUUUACGUCCUGAUUUAGGUGGUGCCUUACGUGAAUUCACAACCCGCGAAAGUCAUUGUUUUCAGCAAAUCAAAAGCAACGACGGUAAUACCUCGCUCUUCACCUCUCAGGAACGCCAGUGGUUGGUAUUGCAGGUUUUACAGGGACUGCGUGCUGGUCAGACAGAUAUAGAGGCCUUGCAGGGCAGGGCUGCGGUGGAGGAGGGUCAAAGUAUAGUGGCUGCUUGGCAGGAGACAGGUCUUAUCACACAAAUAUUUCCUUUGCAUGAAACCAAAACGCUGUCCCAGCUGCAGUACAGCUGGGUUAGGCAGGUGUUUGCUCCGCAGCCAUUAGAUGACAUUGCUGAAUACUUUGGUGUCAAGGUGGCUUUAUAUUUUGCUUGGCUGGGUCACUAUACCUGUGCUUUGGGAGUUCCUGCUGUCUUUGGCACUAUUUUAUAUGCCUUUCUAUGGGGCAAGGGACAAACGGCUCAGGAUAUGGGUCAUGUUUUGUUCUCUUUGUUUAAUGUGGCCUGGGCUUCUUUGUAUUUAGAGGCUUGGAAGCGCUAUUCCGUUGAGUUGGCUUUUCGUUGGGGUACUUUGUCCACGCCACCGGAACUUUUAGAACCACCGAGACCUUUGUACAAGGGUCCUCUUGUUGAAAACAAUGUCACCGGACGUUUAGAGCCCAAAGAAGCACCGGCGUGGAAACGACGUGCAUUCCGCUAUUUAGUCAGUUUUCCCAUAAUCGGUUUGUGUUUGUGUCUGGUAUUCGUUGUCAUGUUCGUGAUGUUACGUUUUCAGGAUUGGUGGGAUUCUAAAUUACCGGAAACUGGUAUAUUUUGUUGCUUAAGUGUGAUACCCAAAGUAUUGUUGGCUGGUGCUAUAACCCUAAUGGAUGAGGCUUAUUACAAGUUGGCUGUCUGGUUAAAUGAUAGAGAAAAUUAUCGUUUACAGUCGAAAUAUGAAAAUCAUUUAAUUGCCAAAGUGGCAUUGUUUCAAUUUGUCAACUCAUUUCUUUCCUUGUUCUACAUCGCUUUCUAUCUAAGAGAUGAGGAAAAGUUAAAGGAGCAACUGGCUGGUCUUUUAAUUUCCCGCCAAAUUAUUGGCAAUUUACGAGAAUCGGCCAUACCCUACUUUCUGGAACAAUGGAAGUUGGCUAAAUUAAGUUUCAACAUGUGGGGUGCUUUAAGUCCCACCCAAGAUAUUAAUCGCACUUUUGCUGAUACCCUCACCUCCAGUGCUGCCUCAGUUGCUACGACCGCCUCAUCGGACACGGAGAAACACAAGCAGCCAAGUGAAACAUCAACACCCCAGCCAGGCACACCAUCCAAACAGUUGCCGAAAAAGCCAACUGAUACCGGUUGUUCUACACCAACAACAGCAAGUGCUAAACGUAAUAUUGGUCAAGCGGAAAUUGAAAGUUCAUUAUAUAAGUAUGAUGGCACAUUCUCCGAUCAUUUGGAAAUGCUUGUGCAAAUGGGUUACGUUGUACUCUUCUCGGCUGCCUUCCCUUUGGCUGGUAUUUGUGCACUCAUCAAUAAUCUAAUGGAGAUACGUUCAGAUGCCUUCAAAUUGGCUCAUGUACAUCAGAGACCAUUCGGACAGCGUGUGGCCAACAUUGGUACCUGGCAGAAUGCUCUCAGCCUCUUGUCGUUGGCAGCCGUAAUUGUGAAUUGUGCUUUAAUUGGUUUAUCCGGACAAGUGUCUCGUUUGUGGCCAGGAUUAACCACAGCACAAACAAUCAUAUUAAUUGUUACACUUGAGCACAUAAUGUUGGGUUUACGGUCAGCUUUAACAUGGCUAUUACCCGAGCUGCCAUCAUGGUUGGCUGCGGAAAUAGCAAGAGCAGAACAUUGUCGACGAGAAAUGCAAUGCAAAGGUACAUCACCGAGACCCACACCGCCCACACCACCCAGCACAACAUCGACACAGCCCGAACAUGACUUGGCAGCCUUAAAUUUGAUAGAUGCUGUGACCACCACCACUAAUACAACGACCACCAAUGAACAGUCCAUAGACAGUCAAAUGUCAGAAGAGCUGCUGUAUCAACAGGAAUUGUUAAAACAAACAGAGCAUGUGGCAGCGGAUUUAAAUGUCUUUGAUAAUCGUGAUUCAUCACCUGACUCGCCGCCCUCGCAGACCAGCACCAUCUUAAUACGUCCUCUACUGGAAUCUACACCACCCAAUAGUGGCGCCUCUUUGACCAGUCUCAAUCAGGACAUCCUAACACAUGGCCCCAGUGGCGCAUGUAAAAGUUGUAAGCAGAAAAAGAAAAUACCGGAAAUACCCCCAUUUCAUGGAUAUUCAGUUCGCAAUUUAAGCUCGAUACCAAUACAAAGAUUGCACGCUUUAAUGGGAGCUUCUGCAAGUUCCUUGGCCUUAAAUACCCGUCAACCUAUGCAUAUACCAGAAAUACCACCAUUUCGGAAAAAAUCCAGUGAUUCUGCUGAUCACACCGGCAGCAGCACUAGCAGUAGUCCCCAGCGUACUUCUGCCACUUCCAUUGUAAAUGCCGCCGCCACCACCUCUACCACCCGCCAACCGUUAAUUGCUACGCCAUUAUCAUCAUCAUCUUCACCACCACUAAUCAAUCCUAACCAACCGGCCGGCGCCAAAAUACCGGAAAUACCACCAUAUAAAGCUCGCAAAAUAUCCGCUGAGAGUACUACGCAUUUGAAUUUGAGCGAUAAAUACACAUUAAAAACCCAUGCACCCGAGUGGAUGUCACGUUUGAAAGUCAGCGAUAAUAUAAAUCUUCAUAGGAGUAUAGAUUGCAUAGCAAAGGAGCUUAAAAGCAAUACAGACACGAUGGAUAUUUUAAAGCCCGCACCCUCCUGGAGUAAUGUGGCCAUAAAAACCCAACAACAGCAAGUAACAGCCUCCUCACAAGCACAGCAAGCAACACCAUCACCAUCAACAGCACAACAUUUAGUCGUCUCGUCCUCAUCUUCCUCCGGGGGUGGAGUGAGUGUAAGUGGUUUAAACUCAACCAAACAAGAAGCAUCAACAACACGACCCAGUGUGGGUGCCAUAUCGAAUUCAUCAGCAUCUUCUUUACAGCAGCAGCAACAGAAUGAAAAAGACCAGGCUACAACGUCUCAGCAGCAGCAAGGAACGAAAACAACUAGCGGAAGUGCCACAACACCCAGUGGUGCUGCUACAGAUGAUGAAGCUAAAGCUGCCGAAUUGGCUGCUAAGAAGUCACGAUUAAAACAAAAACUGGUGAAAAGUGCCAGAUCAGUGGCUAUAUUCUCUUUAAAGCUCAAGGAGCGACGACAACGAGAGGCGGAGAAGGCGGCUGCAAUCGCAGUAGAGCAUGCCAAGGCUUUAGCAAAAUUACCGCCCAUGCCACAGUCCGGUGGCGAGUUAUCUCUUAUACCCAUCGAACAACUCAUCAAAAUUGAAGAUAUUAAACCUGCACUACGUUCCCCGCCACCAGUUAGCACAACGGCUUUAAUACCAUACUCAACAACGGCUUCAACAUCGUCGGCAAUAACUUUAGCAAACACAUCAACCACCUCGUCGGCGUUAUUAGCAGCGGCAGCUGCUCAUCUACAGCAGCAACAACAGCAGCAGCAUAGUUCUUCAUCCGGCAGUUUCUAA